UUCUGCCCCGUCCUGUUUCUUUGGUUUGUGCUCGGUACUGAUGUUGCUUAUAUCUCAAUCCUAAACUGAACAAGCCUAUAAACAUCUCAACCAUACUAGAUGAGGAGCGUGGUGGGAGUGUUUCAGUUUCAGGAAAAUCUGGUCUUGGUUGGCCAUGGUGGUAGGGCUCCUCAUUUCUCCCAUAACUUGUCUUCAGAGAUUCAGGGCAGCCGCAGCUUUCCUUCUCGGCUAAGAUUUGCCCCCCAUCCUCAUGCUUCUUCUUCUUCUUCUUCUUCUCUCACUGCUUCCGGUGCCCAAUAUUCUGAGCCAUUGUUCGAUGCAAAUACAAAACAGAAAAAGAAGAGAAUAGCUGGCGUAGAUCAAGACGAAUUAUUGGAUCCAGCUCUCUUAGCUGAUCCGGACAGUUGUUUUUGUGAGUUCAGAGGUGUGCAGAUACACCACAAGGUAUAUGAUGCAGAAUCACAAGCACAUAACUCAUUACAGAAUCAGACUCUUUCUCAAGUUCCUAACCAAACUAAAAAGGUUCGACUUCCUAUGAUUUUACUACAUGGCUUUGGAGCAUCUGUUUUCUCAUGGAAUCGAGUUCUGAAGCCUUUGGCAGAGCUCACUGGUUCCAAAGUUCUUGCUUUUGAUAGACCAGCCUUUGGUUUGACAUCAAGGGUAAAUUUCUCCACACAUUCAUCUCAUGGCAAUGAAGAUGGAAAACCUCUUAAUCCAUACUCCAUGGCGUUUUCACUGCUUGCAACCUUGUACUUCAUUGAUUUCUUAGCAGCUGAGAAGGCAAUUUUGGUGGGGCAUUCGGCUGGUUGCCUCACAGCAGUGAAUUCAUAUUUUGAAGCACCAGAACGCAUUGCUGCUCUGAUCCUUGUUGCCCCAGCAAUUUUAGCCCCACUUACAGUGCAUAAGGUUGUUGAAGGAAAACAAUUGGGAAGAGAGAACCAGAUGGAAGAAGACAGCUUAGAUCUAACCAGUCUCAGGAAUUCAUUUCUGAGGCUUUCCAAGAUUUUGUUGAAGUGUUUUAAGUUUGUUGCACAGGCAAUAAUGCGAAUGGUGAAGGGGAUGGCAGUUAUGCUGAACUCUCUGUAUAAAAAACUAUUGUCGGCUAUUUUGCGCUCUGCUCUUGCUGUGAUGCUGGUAAGGAUGGUCAUUGACAAAUUUGCAAUAGCUGCGAUAAGGAAUGCAUGGUAUAACUCAAGUCUGAUCACUGAACAUGUCCUAUAUGGUUAUACAAAGCCUCUGAGGACUAAAGGUUGGGACAGGGCACUCGUUGAAUACACAGCAGCGAUGCUUACAGAUACUGAGUCUGAGUCAAAGCAACCACUGACAAAAAGACUCCACGAAAUCACAUGUCCUGUUCUGAUUGUCACGGGUGAUACCGACCGAAUUGUCCCCUCCUGGAAUGCUCAGAGACUUGCACAAUCAAUACCUGGAUCUUACCUUGAAGUAAUUAAGCAGAGCGGACAUUUGCCUCAUGAAGAGAAAGUGGAGGAGUUUGUUUCAGUUGUUGAAAAGUUUCUGCAAAGAGUUUUUGGUGAAUCAGAGAAGCAGUGUCUGCAAGCUGUAACAUGAAAUUUGUCUUGUACACUAGUUUUUUUUGGGGAUUGGUAAGUUUGUUUGAUUGGGAACUCCAAAUUAGUACAUUUAUGUAAAAUUUACUGCUCUCUCCCCGUAAUAUCACACAUUAGGAUGUGGAAACAUUGUACAGCCAAGCAAUGAAAAGAUCAAGGAUGGUUAUAAUGUUUUA